GCUAUGACUCACAGCAGUUACUCCUGAUAAUCAUGGGAACUGAAUACCUCUCACUGUUGGCUGUCUUAGCAUUUAUCAGUACAGCAGAUUUACAUCCAGUUAUUCGUGCAGGCAAUGGGCUUCGUGAGUGCCGCAAAAACCUUAGUGCACCAGCACUUGAGGUUCUCCCUGGUGGAGGCUGGGACAACCUGCGCAACCUGGAUAUGGGUCGGGUGAUGAACCUAAGCUACUCACAAUGUCAGACCACAGAGGAUGGCAUCUACCUUAUUCCAGAUGAGACAUUUGUCAUUCCACAGAAGGUGAGCGCAGUUGAGAUGAACUCUGAGAUCAUUACCUCUUGGCUUGAACAGAAAAGCUCCACUUCGUGGUCAAUCAAUUCUGAUGCUUCAUUUGAGACAGUGGUCAAUGGCAAGUUCUCUGUUGAGCACAAACGCAUUAAAACCCACCAAGUGAAGGAUAAUUCAGUAACAGCUCGGGUACAGGUGCGUAACCAUGUGUACACAGUAAAGGCAUAUCCUGAUUUCACUCUGGAUGCACGUUUUGCCCGGCAGGCAGAGGAAAUUGCAGAUGCCAUUGAGAACAAUCAGACUCGCCAGGCAGCUUAUCUGUCUGAAAAGAUGGUGCUUGAUUAUGGUACACAUGUCAUCACAAGUGUGGAUGCUGGUGCCACUUUGGUAGAGGAGGACUAUUUAAAAUCGUCUUAUGUUUCUGAUGCCCAGUCCUCUCAGACCUCUGUCACAGCCUCAGCUGGUGUCAACUUUUUUAACAAAGUAAAAUUUGAUAUUAGCAGUAAGGAGUCACAAGAAACAUCUGAAACAAAGGCCUACCAGGGUAAUAUUACAUACUCCAUAACAUUGAGUCAUGGUGGGGCAUUGUUUUAUCCUGGAAUCACUCUACAAAAAUGGCAGGAGAGCACUUUAAACAAUUUAAUUUCUAUUGACCGUAGUGGAUUGCCACUACAUUUUUUUCUCAACCCAUCAACAUUUCCAGAUCUCCCACUUCCAACAGUAAAUAAACUCGCUCAGUCUGUGCGCAAGGCCAUAGACCGUUACUACAAAAUUAAUACCUACCCUGGGUGUGUUAAACCAGACUCCAAAAAUUUUAACUUCCAAGCAAAUGUGGAUGAUGCAUCCUGUGAAGGUCCAAGCACAAAUCUUAGUUUUGGUGGUGUUUACCAGCAGUGUAAUCCACUGACUUUAGAUGGAAAUACAAUCUGCAAGGAACUUGAUGUGAAAAACCCAGACACUGGAUCAUAUACCUGUAAACAGCCAUACACUGCUACACUACUGCAUUCUGAAAUACAGGAAAGACCAUAUAAUAAUUAUGAGUGCCACCAGCAAUGUCAUUCAUGCUGGGUGUUUUUUAGAUGUUGUAAAGAUGUAUGUGGAAAUGUGUAUCGUGUUCACAGGGCAAAGGUUGACACUUAUUGGUGUUCCACUAAUGAAAAAACCCCAGAAUUCUCUGGAUAUCUCUUUGGUGGUCUAUUUGGCCCUUUUGUACAAAAUCCGUUAACGAAAUCUAGAUCCUGUCCUCCAAAUUUCUUUGCCCUAAGCUUUUUAUCCAGUGGCAUUAUGAUCUGUCUAAGCACUGACUAUGAGGCAGCUACAAGAUUCUCUGUGCCCUUUGGAGGUUUCUUCAGCUGCCAGGCUACCAAUUUGCUUGCAGGGAAUCAAGCACGUUGUCCACCACAGUUUAGCCAACAUCUUGUUGCUAUAAGCGAUGGAUGUCAGGUGCUGUACUGCGUUAAGUCAGGCAUUUUCAUUGGAGGUGAGUUACCUACUGUAAAACUUCCACCGUUCACAAGACCUCCAGUUAUCAGUAUGAUAGCUACAAACACUGUAGCUGUGAUGACAGAAGGAGACCAGGCCUGGGUGAGAAUCAAAGACACAAAAAUGUGGAAGAUUGCCAAGCCUGAGGACAUUGCAAAAAUGUCCCAAUUGUUUGGGGAUGAUUUCUCUCAGUCACAAGGAAAAACAGUCGGCAUUGCAUUUGGUGCUCUAGCCUUGAUUGCUCUUGUGGUGGUGGUAGCAGUGUUAGUGGUGAAAAAGAGGAAGAACAUUCUGUCUCUUAGAAGAGGAUAUGAGGAGCUUGAAAGUGAAGCACUAUGUCAGACUACUGUAGAAAGCCAGACAGAGCAACAGUGUGAGAGGCUGAAUGAUGAUCCUACUCUUGUGGCCUAAUGCUUCUGUUUAUCUGUGGAAUAAAUAUUCAUAAAAUGAUUUACAGCAUUAAUGCACUAGUAUCUAAUAACUGAAACCUUCAAUUGCCUUUAGUCAUUGAUAUUCUAUACUAUGCAGAAUAUUUUUUGUUGUUGUACCUUUAUCUCUAAUUGCUUAAAAAAAAUCAGAUCUUACAAUCUUAUUUUUUUUUACAUUAUUUUUUUAUUUAAAUCAGAUUUACAGUGGCUGUGUAAAUUAACCAUUAAAAAAUCAUAAUGCACUUUAAAAUAAAUAAAUAAAUAAAUAAAUAAAUUGA